AGCACCACCAACACCAACACCACCAGCAGCAGCAGCAGCAGCAGCGGAACGACCCUUUGUGCUUCACCGCCUGACGCGCAUCAUUCUGAGGGGGACCACCAUCACACAUCCAGGGGAAAACGCUACGUGAAGCACAAUGGGACCGUUCCAAGAAUACGAGGAGAAGAAGUCACCAGAGAAAGGAAGCCCCCGCAGCCGCAUCCCGCGCCUGGUCCUCCAUCCCUUCCGGCCGAAGGACAAAGGCUCACCCCUGUCUGACUCACCUUUCUCCGAGGAGGAGGGGAAGGAGUGCGACAUGAGCUCUGACCACUCCAAAAGGACCAUCAGCACCAACAGCUUCUGCUCUGAUGACACCGGCUGCCCAUCUAGUCAGUCUGUGUCCCCCUCCAAAACCCCGUCAGGCUCUGAGCAGAGUGCCCACGGCUCGCCGGUACUCCCCGAGCGCAAGGCCAAAGUGAAGAGGGUGAGGGUGAUGGCCGAGUGGAGCGGCGAACCACGGAGCACCCCGAGGCACAAGAGGGAGCAGAGGUCGGCCAUGAAAGCCAGAGGUAGUGACGCGGACUUCAGCUCCUCCAGCAGCACAGGCAGCCUGAAGACCAGGGGGAACCUCAGUUCAGCUGCAAAGAAAGCUCCUUCACGCAGUCGUGUACCCCACAUCAGACCGCUCCCAGUGUUCAAACCAGCCGGGAGCCCCACAGCCAACCGCGAUGCAGAGCUUUACGCUCCCUACAGGACUCCUCCCAGAGCUGCCUCCUCCUCCACCACCAACAGCAGCAGCUGCAACUCCAGUCCCACCUCCAGAAGAGCGAACCUGGGCCGCUACCACUCCUGUGGGGACAACCAUGGCAUCAGACCCCCGAACCCCGAGCAGUAUCUCACCCCUCUACAGCAGAAGGAAGUGGCCAUCAGACACCUGAAGACCAAACUGAUGGAGUCUGAGAACAAAGUCCAUGACAGAGAAACUGAAAUUGAGGAGCUCAAGGCCCAGCUCAGCAGAAUGAGGGAGGACUGGAUUGAAGAGGAGUGUCACAGGGUGGAGGCUCAGCUGUCCCUCAAAGAGGCCCGCAAAGAAAUCAAGCAGCUGCGUCAGGUGGUGGAAACGAUGAAGAGCAGCCUGAUGGAGAAGGAUAAGGGAAUACAGAAGUAUUUCAUUGACAUCAAUAUCCAAAACAGGAAGUUGGAGUCCCUGCUGCAAAGCAUGGAGCUCGCUCAGAGUGGCGCCAACCUCCAAGACGAAAACACCCUGGACUUCAUCUGUGACAGCCCUGAUAGCGGUGGGAAAAAGAUGGUGGUGGAGGAAGAGGGUGGGAUGGAGCUGGGGGAACAAGGGGCAGAGGCGAUGGCGGACAGCGGGCUGCUGUUAAACGAUGAGAUGGCCAACAGAGCGGACAUUUUGGAGCAGGUCUUCAUGUCCACUGCGAUGGACUUCAGUCAGGACUGUAGUGGUAAACUGAGGGCAGGGACUGAGUCUGGGCCCGGGGUGUCUGCACUGUCAGAGGCACAGCCGAAUGAUGAAUCUGCUGAACCCACACCAGCUCUAACAAAUACAGCUUCCCCCACCGUCACCAUCUCCUCAAGCACACCUUCCCAGCAGAAUUCAGAAGAAAAAGGAAUCCAGACCGACAUAAUGGCCAUGUCUCCAGACCUGCAGGCUCUGCUCCUCCAGCUGCUGAAAAUCCACGGGGCAACAACAGGGGACAUGGUUCUGUCAGACUCCAGCAGUCUUCUGGGCCUCCCAAAUCUGUCCUCUUCCACCUCCACCUCCACCAUUGCCAAUCACCCCAGCACGACACUACCCCCGACCAGCAUGCCCAAACCUGCUUCCCCAGAGAGCCCCGACACCUCCACUGAUUCCGGCAUGAGCUGCUCGGAACACGCGGAGAGCCGACGGUUCAUGGAGGAGCUGGACUUCGGAGUCGGUGACGAGGAACCUUGUCUGUCACCAGGACUGGAUGUGGUCGGCAAACGUUACUGGAGCAACAACUUCCUGGUGGAUCUGGUCGCAGUGGCAGCCCCGGUGCUGCCCACCGUCGCCUGGCUGUACUCACGGCACGGUGUGGACGGAAGUUCUCCAGUGUACAACAUUGCUGCGCUCAUCAGGGGCUGCUGCAUCAUGGGAUUGCACUCUCUUCGUCACGUCGCACACAGUCCAGAUGCGUAAAGGCUUUCACCCCGCAUGCACACGCCUAACCUUGAACUAAGCACUUAAGCAUCUUUUCAACAGUAUUUGUGAGAUUUGUCGCAUUUUUUUUGUUAAACACUUGAUGACAUUAAUGCAGUUAUAUUUGUUUCAACACUGUUACUUUGCACUGUGCAGUUACCAUGAGUCGAAGCAAAAUGGUGACAUGAAAGGGAUUACUUUUGACAUGGGUUAUUUAUAUAUUUAUCAUUUACAUGUAUAAGCUGAUCAUCUGGGUAGAUGGUUGUGUUAUCAUUGUCCGGUGGUGUCCCUAGUUGUCCUUGUGCUUGAGAAAAAUAAAAGUUGUUUUUGUUAGGUUGAUUUUCAGGAGGUGAGAGAUCGAAUGUUCGUUUCCGUUUGAUGGGUUCUGAAAAUUCAACUGUUUUGAGUUAUUGUUCCAAAAGACACCUUCAGCCAAAGCUUUAAUGUGAGUUCACUGUUAUUGUUUUGUGAAAAAGUCUAUAUUUUUCUUUCCUCCCUGGGAGUAGAGCUUUAUUCAGUACAGCCUGUGUAUUGUUCAUAGAAAUGAGUUGACGCUUCAAAGCAACUGACACUUGUUAUGUGCCUGAGCUAUGUGCAAUACCGGUGGUUUACAUCAAAUGUCCUUGUAUCUUUAUUAUUAAAGCAUGAUCAAUUCUGGC